CCGGGCUGGGGCCGGAGCUGCAGCCGGAGCCCGAGGAGAUCGAGAUCAGAGCAAGCAAAAAGGAGUCUCCAAGGUUGCCGCAGGUCCCUAGUAUCCCCGCCUGCGACCCCGCGCUGUGGGCUGCGGUGCGCGCUGUGGGCUGCAGUGGCCGGCCGGGGGGCAGCGGCGCCAUGGCCGCGCCGGAGCCGCUGCGGCCGCGCCUGUGCUGUCUGGUGCGUGGCGAGCAAGGCUACGGCUUCCACCUGCAUGGCGAGAAAGGCCGCCGUGGGCAGUUCAUCAGGCGCGUGGAGCCGGGGUCCCCCGCCGAGGCGGCCGAGUUGCGAGCUGGGGACCGCCUAGUCGAGGUUAACGGCGUCAACGUGGAGAGUGAGACACACCACCAGGUGGUACAGAGGAUCAAGGCUGUGGAAGGGCAGACACGGCUGCUGGUGGUAGACAAGGAGACGGAUGAAGAGCUGCGCCGGCGGCAGCUGACCUGCACUGAGGAGAUGGCCCAGCGAGGCCUUCCACCAGCUCAUGACCCCUGGGAGCCAAAGCCUGACUGGGCACAUGGGGGCAGCCUCAGAUCUGAUGCUGGCCAAAAGGAUGUCACUGUGCCUCCAAGAGAGCUGCGCCCUCGGCUCUGUCACCUUCAAAAGGGACCUCAGGGCUACGGAUUUAAUCUGCACAGUGACAAGUCUCGACCUGGCCAGUACAUUCGCUCUGUGGACCCAGGCUCACCUGCUGCCCAUUCUGGUCUCCGUGUCCAGGACCGGCUUAUCGAGGUGAAUGGGCAGAACGUGGAAGGGCUGCGCCAUGCUGAGGUUGUUGCGAGCAUCAAGGCACGGGAGCACGAGGCCCGGCUGCUGGUGGUGGACCCUGAGACUGAUGAGCACUUCAAGCAGCUGCGGGUCACACCCACUGAAGAGCAUGUGGAAGGUCCACUGCCAUCACCAGUUACCAACGGGACCAGCCCUGCCCAGCUCAAUGGUGGCUCAGUGUAUUCAUCCCGAAGUGACCUACUGGGCUCAGACAAGGACACUGAGGUAACUCUGCUGUGUUCAAACAUGGAUGUGCCAGAGGCCUUGAGGGAUGGUGGUACCUGGAAGAGAGAUCCAUUCCAGGAGAGUGGCCUCCACCUGAGCCCCACAGCAGCUGAGGCCAAGGAGAAGGCUCGGGCCACACGGGUCAACAAGCGGGCACCACAGAUGGACUGGAACCGGAAGCGUGAGAUCUUCAGCAACUUCUGAGCCCCUUCCUGCCUGUUUGGGCCCAUGUGGAAUCUCUGGCCUUUCCAGAGCUCCCCAAGCCUCAGUGGACUGGAGGGUGAUCUCAUGACAUCCAGAAAGCAACCUGUGCCCAAGUGAGCUGCUGUCUUGUCUUCAAUUUGCUGUGUGCUGGGGCACUGUCCCACCAAGAUGGGGGGAGAGAGAGACAAUAAGAGACAAGUGAGAGAAAGAGACAGUGAUGGAGAGAAGGGGCCCAGAAUGUGACUAUUGCCAAGGGCCUUGCUCUGUCCCAGGCUUGCUGACUGAAAGGAAUUCAUUUUUGCUUUUUUCCCCAGAAGAUUUGCAAUACACAUUUUCACUUAAUACCAGAGGCUCCCCUCUCUCUUGCUCUCUAAAUAAUUGCAAUAAAACAAACCUUUCUCUGCAAAUCCUUCCUCCCUUUCCCCAGCAACACCAUCCUGAGUGGAAGCCCAGGGACUUCCAGAGGACAGAACCAGGGACCCUCGCCAUGCUCAUGUGAGCUUUUUUUGGGGAAAGGCUGGGGAGGCCAGAUGUGCCUGCAGGAGUUGCCUUCCCUUGUGUGAAGGGUUACUAGGUCAAGUCCUAGCUCUUUGCCCACUAGAGGCUUGGAGUGCAGGACCUGGCCUCUAUGAGGUGCCUGAGGAUAGAGGCCCAUACCCCCAGGAGGGCAGUCUCUGGAUACAUCCCCCUUCCCACACUCCAGCUCCCAGAUUUGGGGAGUAUGGAUAUAAGAACUACCCCCAUAAAGGACCCCAGACCUAUAGGCUUAGCCUCUGCCUUACACCCCAUCCCCAAGGACAUCCUGUUGGCUCUGCCCUUUAUUCAGUGCCCUGAGCCCCAACAGGCACUGCUGUCUGCCUUGUAAGCCAUAGCGCAUGCGCGCCCUAAGAAUAAACAGGCCUUGCCUUGGAA